AUGGGUCACCUGGGAGCUGAAGGAGUAGUUGAGCUUGGAAGGGAAAGGUUCUUUUGGCCACACAUGCAAAGGAACAUUACGCACUUUGUAACCAAGGAAUGUAGCUGUGUGAAACAACGAGGUCCAGCGAAGAAAACACGUGCCCCAUUGCAAAAUAUAACUACUUAUGCGCCACUUGAACUCGUCUCAAUGGAUUUCCUACACCUUGAACGAAGCACUGGCGGGUACGAAUACAUUCUCGUAAUAGUCGACCACUUUACUCGUUUCGCACAAGUGUAUCCAACCAAGAACAAAGAAGCGCGAACCGCCCCAGAAAAACUGUACAACGAUUUUAUUCUUAAAUACGGAUUUCCAAGCCGGAUUCUACAUGAUCAGGGGCGGGAGUUCGAGAAUAAAUUAUUUCAUCAAUUAGAAAAAUCGUCUGGGAUAAUUCGAUCGAGAACAACACCGUAUCACCCACAAGGCAACGGUAAAGCAGAAAGAUUCAAUAGAACGCUUUUGUUCAUGCUAAAGACACUGCCAGAUGUAACAAAGUUGAAGACAGACUCAACCACAUAG